AUGAGAGAGUUUGUUCCAUCAGCUCACUGCACUCCGAAUUCUCUACGAUCAGCCAGAACCCAGGAGACGUUAAGGUCGAACGGCAAUAUCUACGAACCACAGCAGCAGAUGGUCUUCAUGAUGCCCAUGCAAAUGAGUGCGUCAAAUGGUCAAAUGAUGCCCGUUCUAAUGGCUCCAGGAGUGAUGGCGCCGUCUGUUGGCCAGAAUAUGAUGUAUUGCCCAAUGCCAGCUCAGCAAAAGUACAUGACUUCGCCAAGGAAUCGGCGUCAUCGUUCAUUAGAUGCUUGCUCGACGACCACAGAUGACGGUGCUGGUUAUCAUCCACACCAACAACAAGUAGGUGUACGUUCCAACUCGAUUAUUCAUCAAUAUUCGAUCGGAAGUUGA